ACACACGCGUGGCUAUGUACUAGUACAAUCAAUAAUAGAUAUAGUAAGAUUAGUUAAUUAUAGAGUUAAAAAUAUUCGAUAAACUUUCAUAUAAAUAAUGUGCGAAAAUUUUAAGCAUCAUAGUCGUGUAAAAAGCUGACAAAAAUAAAUCAAAAUGAGAUUCCUGAUCGCCUUCGCCCUCAUCGCCGCCGUGGCUUCGGCCGCCGUCAGGCCCACCCCUGCGGGCGCCGAGCUCGCCGAGCUGCAGGAGAUCAUCGCCGCCAUCCAGAGCCCCAGCACCGACCCCGCCACCGCCGCCGCGCUCGAGGAGAUGCUCCUCGAUGUGUUGGGCGUCAAGCCUGAGCCCGUCGCCGUCGGCCCCGUUAUCGUCGAAGCUGGCUCCGAGCCCAUCUCUGUCGGUCCCGCUCUCGUCGAAGGUGGCGUUGUUACCGAAGAGUCCGUCGUCCUCAUCCCCGCUCCCGCUGUGGUCGCUCCCGCCCCCGCCGCCUCCAGCACUCCCCUGGUCCAAAUCAUCCUGAACAUCAACCAGGCCGCCGCUGAGGCCAGCCCCAUCGCCGUCGGCCCCGCCGUCAUCCCCGAGCCCAUCAUUCCUACACCCAUCCAGGUUGUGGAAUCCGCCCCUGAGCCCGUGCAGGUUGUGGAGGUCGCCCCCGUCCCCGCUGAGCCCGUCCAGGUCGUCGAGGCUGCCCCCGUGCCCGUGGAGCCCGUCGUCAUCGGCACCCCCGUGCUGCCCGAGGCCGCCGUCGUCCUCCCCGAGGAACUCAACUAAAGAAACAACUCAUGACCUCUAACUAUAAUAUCUUAAUGCAAUAAAAACAAAUAACAACAAAA